AAGUCAACAUCAAUUCUACAUCAAAUCAUAUUCAUUAGUGAUCAUCUCCAUCAUUAACUCAGUUUUCGUUCAUCCCUAAGACCCGAGCAAUUCACCAUGAGUCUCAGUAAAAUAUUAACUGUUAAUGUUAGAGUUCCAACCUUCAAUGGAUUCGAACCACCGAUAGAAAAUUGGAUAAGUGACUACGAACAAAUCACAAGUAUCAUUGGUUGGUCCGAUAAAGCUCGACUCGUUGGAUUUCCCGAUUUUUUAACUGGAGUUGCCCAACUUCUGUUCAAAGAAGAAUAUUCUUACGAAUAUAAUUUCCCACAAAGUUGGUCAGAAGCUAAAGAAAGAUUGAUCAAAGAUUUUACCCCCAUAACCAACAACAGCGAAAAUAGUAGUGAACUUCUGGACAAACCCAAGUCACCUUUCUCGGUCUCACCUGAUGAAAUUUGCCAUAAUAUUAUAAAGGCACAACGAGAAAAAGGUGCGUCUGGAUCUGCUACUAUUGAAGUGAUUUUGGACAUAGCAAGUACACUGGUUGAGACCGCUAGACAUCUCAAUACUCCUAUCCAACCGAAGGACGAACCAAGCAAAGAACGUAAGAUUAUUUGUUACUUUUGCAAAGAACCUGGUCAUAUCCGACAGAACUGUCGACAACUUAAAUAUGAACGUACAUUGGCUAUCCUCAGUCCAACAUGCGAAAGCUCAUCUUCAUCAUUGAAUUGGCGUUCAACUUCCUCUAAGACUAAAGGACCCAAGAAAUCAACGACUUUGCAACAGUGAAAACUGAAACAAGGGACUGUUUCAACUUCUAGUCGGGGGAAAUGUAACGUAAAUUUCGAUCUCAUUAUUCAUCACUGGUUACAAACCCGUACAAGGAUAAAUCCGUUCAUUACCAAUAACCAAUUAACCCUUAUUUAGGAUUACUUCCUUCCAUAACCAAUGAUUACAAUUACUUUAUUUGGAUCAUAAUCCUCAAUUACUAAUUAACCUAAAUCUUUAUUACUAACCCACAAAGAUGAAUAACAUACACGUGACACUCGUGAGUCUCGAUGAUCUUGUAUAAAACCAGAUUACCUACUAAUAGAAUGUUCACUUCUUUAGAAUCAACAUAACAUUCAAGUUAAAACAUUCUAAUAGAUUUCAUCUUGUCAUCAUCUUUUAAUCAAGUUAACCCAUUCCAAUAAUCUGUGUAA